UUUGCUCCAAAAUCCAAACCCCCCCCUACUCUCUCUCUCUCUCUCUCUCUCUCUCAUAUAGAAAUCAGGGCCAGGAGCCAUUUCUCGGUCUAUCGACUUAGGAAUUCGAAUUCUUCCCCCUCUCUCCAUAUCUGUGAAUUUUGACAAUGGAUAGCUUACCGACGACGUCGAAGCCUGAGAGACGAUGGAGAUCGAAGAAUCUUCAAACGAGCAAGUCCUCCGUCGUCAUGGCUUUCUUUUCUUGCCUUGCCUGGCUCUACGUCGCGGGCAGGUUGUGGCAAGAUUCAGAGAACAGAACGUUGCUGGCUGAUCUUCUUAGGAUGAACUCGGGCCAGAGACCAAAGGUUCUUUCCGUUGAAGAUAAGCUAAUGAUCCUUGGAUGCAAAGAUUUGGAGAAGAGGAUUGUAGAAGCUGAGAUGGACCUAACUUUGGCAAAGAGUCGAGGAUACCAGUCAAAGCAAAGUGGUUCAUCGUCAGGCCAGAAGCUUCUCACUGUUAUAGGAGUUUAUACUGGAUUUGGUAGUCACUUGAAGCGCAAUGUGUUUCGAGGCUCUUGGAUGCCAAAAGCAUUGAAUGGUAUAAUCGUCAAAGAGAUGGCAUAUGUGAAAUCAUUGCCACAAAACUGCUUCUGCGAAGCCUGCGACAGUGAGAGAAGAGGGCUUCCUGAUUCGGCAAAGUAUGCAUGGGGAAGGGCAUGGUAUGAACCUGACUGGUGGAAAUUUGGGGAUGAGAAAUCGUACUUUCAACAUGCUGCUGGUCCUCUGAUUAUACUUUCCAGGAAUUUGGCUCAGUACAUUCACGUAAACAGCGCAUCUCUAAAGACUUAUGCUCAUGAUGAUGUAUCAUUGGGUUCAUGGAUGAUGGGUCUCCAAGCAACAUAUACUGAUGAUGUUCGUCUGUGCUGUGGCAGCUCCAGAAAAGAUAAGGUGUGUAGCGUGGCUUAUUAGUGGAGAUUGUUUCUUUAAAUCUGUACUAACGGCUAAUGCUUCCGACUUUCUUGGCUGGCUGUUUAUGUUGGCCAUUUGGGGAGUCCUGUGGGGUUGCUAACAUUGCCAGCAGAAAAUGUUUUGUGCGUGUGCAUUUGUUUUGUUGCAUUUUGAGUUGCAGUGAGGGAUCUCUAUGAAGCAUUAGAUGAGUUCACUGAAAAUUGGUGACGAGUUUUCUUUUCCCCCGUUACUGAGAUAGAUACACAGGGAAAACAAGAAAAACAAUAUAUCAUGAUUUUGCAGACAAAUGAUGUGGGACGUUUGAUAUAUUGUAAUUGGGCGUUUGUCCUUUUUAUCCUUUUUCCUAGUGAAUAAUUUUGUUUAUGAAAGUUCUCUUUUGUUUCCAUGAGAAAGGGAAAUGUAAUGGAAUACAUUGGGAACAUUCAAAUU